CCGCCUAUUAUUCCACCUCUCGCCCGCCCACACCCAUCGCCAUCUCAUCACCAUGUCCUACCGCGAAGACUCCGUCUGGUUCGACCACUCCCGCUCGCUUUCGCGGGCGGCCAGCAGCACGGGCGGGAGCACGGGCGGAAGCAACAGGGCGACACUCGACCGCAGCGGCAGCACCGCUCUCGUCCCUACGACCGACGACGACGAAAAUGACAGCGACAGCGAUGACGGCUCUGACCACAUCAUCAUGGCGGUCGACCAGCGAGGCUCGAAAAUGGGGUGCGCGUAUUAUACCGCUGCCGAUGAGACCCUGAGUUUCAUGGAGGAUGUGGAAUUGCCGUCGGCGGACUGCUUUGAUGCUCUGAAAUUCCAAGUCAACCCGACCGUCCUCCUCCUCUCCUCGCGCAUGGACGACAUUGAGCGUGCGCCUCUCGCCACGGGCGAAGACGGCGACGAGGAAGAGCCCGAGAAGCCAUACCGGGUGCUAGUCCGUGCCGCCGGCGAGUUCGCGUACGACGGUGGGCGGCGAAAGUUGGUGGCGCUGCAUAUCGGCCAGGAAUACGGGCCGGAGAUAAUUGUUCCCACCGACCACCACGAUGUUUCCGCGCAGGGCCAGUCGAAGGGAAAGCUGUUGAAGCUGGCGUCGUGGAUCGAUCUGAAUAGCAAGAUUAGUGUCGGAUGUGCCGGAGCUGUGCUCUCGUACCUCAAGAGGAGGAAGGCGAAUGAGGAGGGCAGUGAUGGUGGAGAUGGGCUGCAUAUUCGCAGUAUCGAGUUGUUCUCGUUGGCGGAUGUUAUGUUCGUCAACGCGGACACGAUUUGCAGUCUGCAGAUAUUCGAGAAUGAAUCCCACCCGAAUUUUCACAUGCAGGGCAAGGGAGGUCGAGGGAAAGAGGGCCUUUCACUAUUCGGAAUCAUCAACUCGACCCGGUCGCCGAUGGGACAGAGAUUACUGAAGCAAUGGUUCCUCCGUCCAUCCUUGUCGAUCGACGUGAUCAGAGAACGACAAGCCGGCGUGGCGAUUCUUUUGCGAGACGAUAAUUCGGAUGUUCUCAAAACCCUUGAGAAGAGUUUGAAGAUGGUCAAAAACAUUCCCAAGAUUUUGGGACAGUUGAAGAGAGGCAAGGGGAGCGGCCAGAGAGGCGGCGAGUACGCAUCGCUGCUCACAUUCACGACCGAAGCGCUCAAUAUUCGCUCCAUAAUUCAGGAUGUUGUGGGCGAGCAGAGGACUCCGAUUUUCAACAAGAUCAUGAACACAUUCGAUGUCAACAGCCUACACGCGGUACGCCAGCUCAUCUACGACACGGUCGACUUUGAGGAGUCAGCCGCCUUCAACUGUGUUGCCGUAAAGCGGCAUGUCGACGACACGUUGGACAAUCUGAAACACCGGUGGGCGGGCAUGCCCGAUUUCUUGCGGGUGGUGGCCGUGGAUGUAGCAACGAACAUGGGACUGCCAAGGGACAUCUGGAGUGACGUGAAUGUCGGUUGGUACCCUACCUACGGAUACCUCUUGUCGGUGCCAUUUGGGUUUGCCGAGAUGUUGUCGGAGGAGGGGUACCGCUACGAGUUCGGCUCGGAUGGGGCCGCGUACUUCAAGAGUCCGGAGAUGGAUGGGCUUGAUAAUGACUACGGUGAUGUGGAGGGAAUGAUAGGAGAUCGUGAGAUCGAGCUCAUUUAUGAUCUGCAGAUGCUCGUUCUGGAGCGCGAAGAUGUGCUGAUUGAGUGUGUCAGGGUGUGCGCCGAGCUUGACUGUCUUAUGUCCCUUGCGGAAAGUGCCGCCAAAUACAAGUACAUAUGCCCAACAAUCACCGAGGAAAACAUCGUGGAGAUAAAGCAGGGCCGACAUCCUCUACAAGAACUAUGCGUUGCUUCUUAUGUUCCGAACGAUUGUUACCUGGUUGGCGGAAGGGAUACCGCGGAAACGGACACUGAGACCAGCGGGGAAUCCGACGAGCCGAGCAUGAUCCUUCUUACCGGUCCGAAUUUCUCUGGCAAAAGCGUCUACCUGAAGCAGAUAGCACUCAUAACCUACAUGGCACACAUUGGCAGCUUCGUUCCCGCAGAGAGCGCCAUCAUCGGUAUCACGGACAAGAUCCUGACGCGUAUCCAGACGCGGGAGAGUGUCUCGCGACUACAAAGCGCCUUCAUGAUCGACCUGCAGCAGAUCGCGCUAUCCUUCCGCCUCGCGACCAGCCGGAGCCUGUUGAUAAUCGACGAAUUCGGCAAAGGCACGACGGCCUCCGACGGCGCGGGUCUCGCGUGCGCCGUAUUCGAGCACCUGUUGAACCUCCCCUCCGCACAGCGCCCCAAAGUCGCCGCUUCAACUCACUACCACGAGCUCUUCGAGUCCUCGUUCCUCCUGUCGCAUGCCCACCUCUGGUGCGGCCAGAUGAGCGUCGCCAUCGAUAGUGACGCGGAAGAGGUAGAGGACCAGGUGACGUAUCUGUACGUGCUGAAGCCGGGGAGGACACUGGAUUCCCUGGGGACCGUGUGUGCGACGCUCAAUGGCAUCGAUAAAGAGACGGUCGAUCGCGCGAUUGAUAUUAUACAGCUUGCGGCUAGGGGUGAGGACUUGGUCUCCGCUUGUGUACAGCUGAGUGAGGGCGAGGUGGGGGAGUUGGAGGUCGCUGAGGCCGCGGCGAGGAGGUUUGUAGAGGAGUUUGAUGUCGAGGAGGAAGAGGGGGAUGGGGGUGGAGACGGCGGGGGUGCGAGUGGAGGGGAAAGUGUCAGGGCGAAGUUGGAGAGGGUUUUGCAGGGAGUAAUGGCCGACGACUAGUGCGUGUGGGAAGUGGAGCAUCGGAGGGUUGCGGUGAUUUUCGUUGAGCUCGUGAUUUACUGGGUACAAUUGACUGCACAAUUGACUUCACCAAGAAUUGCGCCUCCGUAUCGGUGCUGUCUUCUGCUUUCCGAACUCAAACCUCUCUAGCG